AGUGAAGGUAGAGGGCUUCAGUCAAGACGAGGACCCAAGAGCCCAUGACGCUCGCAGCUCACCUUUGAACGAAAACACAAGCAAAACAAAGAAAGAAACAAAUCAGCUCAAUAAAUGUGAAAAAUCGCCAUGAAAGUGAAAGCAAAGAGCUCCAGAGCAAAGUUGGGCUUACCCACCGUCUUCCUCCUUUGCUCCCUCUUCUUCUUCGCCGGUUUAUUCAUCUCCACCCUCCUCUCCCAUGCCUCCGUCCCUCGCUCCGUCUCCAGAACUCUGGAAUCCGAAGACGACGAAGAUCACGGUCCAAUGAUGCCGGGCGACACCGGAGACAGCUUUAUUCAGUCCAUUCCAUUCCAGGUUUUGAGUUGGAGACCGCGGGCUCUGUAUUUUCCGAGAUUUGCAACUGCCGAGCAAUGCGAAAGCGUGAUUGAGAUGGCGAAGACGAAGCUCCGGCCGUCCACACUGGCAUUGCGAAAGGGAGAGACUGCUGAGAGCACAAAGGGGACUCGAACAAGUUCAGGCACAUUUAUUAGUGCAUCAGAAGAUGAUAGCGGAGUCCUGGAUAUUAUUGAGGAAAAGAUUGCCAGGGCUACAAUGUUACAAAGAGUCCAUGGCGAGGCAUUCAACGUUUUGCGGUAUGAGAUUGGCCAGAAGUAUGAUUCACAUUAUGAUGCAUUCAAUCCAACGGAAUAUGGUCAACAGAAAAGCCAAAGAUUUGCUUCCUUCUUGUUGUAUCUAUCCGAUGUAGAAGAAGGUGGAGAAACCAUGUUCCCUUAUGAGAACGGUGCAGAGAUGGGUUCGAGCUAUGAUUACAAGAAAUGCAUUGGUUUAAAAAUUAUGCCCAGGCAAGGGGAUGGUCUUUUAUUUUAUUCAGUGUUUCCAAACGGCACAAUUGAUCCGACAUCUCUUCACGGAAGCUGCCCGGUGAUCAAAGGGGAAAAGUGGGUUGCAACAAAGUGGAUUAGAAACCAAGAAGAUAUGGACUAAGAGUUGUUUCGGGAGCUGGUGGUUACAACUGUCCAUAGCGUAGUCAAUGCAGAACAGUGAACCGUGCUCUUGCCGUAGGCAGCACUAGGAUUGCUCUUGGAUGUACAGGCCGAUGAUCGGGUGCUGCUUAACUUGAAAACAUGGCACUUGGGUUUUUUUGGGUCAAUAACAAUGGCAUUUGUUAUAGAAGUAUGUUUGUGUAGCUUUGGAGCUAAAUAAUGAAAAACCUAAAUGUAAAAUUACUUUCUACUAAAAGCCAGCAGAAAGGCACUGCUUAAUUAAUGUUAUUUGAUGUCUACGCUUACCUCUU